GACGGGUGGCCACAGGCAGCUGGUCAGUUUCUACAGGCUCAGACCUGGCGGCAGGCAUCAAUAAGCUACAAGGCGAGCUUUACCACUGCCUGGAUUACUACUACCUGCGCGACUUCCCGGCCUGCGCGUUGGGCGCAGCAAGGGCUUGACGCUACUCGAGCACGCGCUGCGCACCAACCUGCUGGUGCCUGGCGGGCACAAGCACAAGGUGGCGCAGAAGCUCCUCAAUGGACAGCACAAGCCCGCUAGAGCCGGCUACAGCCCUUGCCAGGCACUGGCCUCACCUGAGGCUGUGUAGGAUACCAAAGGGCCUGUUCAAGGUAUUUUCUGUAACUCCAACUGUAACUUGGUUCUAGAAGGAGAGAAUCCAUGUUUGGUCAACAAAACUUUUCGCUCUGACUUCAGUUUACUGCUUCGGUCAGACAAGGGCGGCAUGUCUGAAGACUGCAGGCCAGGAACCUCUGGGGAGCUGGGUUGGCUGAAGCCGAUCAAAAUUGAGCCAGAGGAUCUGGACAUCUUUCAGGUCACUGUCCCAGAAAAUUAUGACGCAAGGCUCUCACGGAUUGACAUUGCCAACACGCUAAGGGAGCAGGUCCAGGAGCUUUUCAAUAAGAAAUACGGGGAAGCCUUGGGCAUCAAGUACCCAGUUCAGGUCCCCUACAGGUGGAUCAAGAGUAACCCUGGCUCCGUGAUCAUCAAGGAGCUGCCCCCAGGAAUCCCGUUCCGAAAGCCCUGCACCUUCGGCUCCUGGAACCUGGAGAGGAUUCUUGCCGUGGCUGACAAGAUCAAGUUCAUAGUCACCAGGCCUUUCCAAAGACUCAUCCCCAUCCCAAAACCUGGUAAGAAGCACUGGCUGUGGAGGGGUCACUGGGAAUAG